AAUUAGGAUUACCUUCAAAAAAAAUGAAGAAAAAAAAAACACAAAAAACCAAAUUAUCGGCCAGAUAGAUUUUAUCCGAGGAACUGUUGAACAGAAGCUGGUAAAGAUUUCAUCCUCUGCAAAUGCAAGCCGCAAUCGCAGCCAUGGCCGCCCACACAAUCCUCUUCUCGUUCACCCCAUCCCAAAUUCUGCUCAACCCAGUUGCAUUCUCGACCCCUCAUAAUAACCCACAACUCCUCUCUCCAUUCCACGGAGUUUUCCUCAAUAAACUCACCCGCCAAUCCGUUACCCUCGCCGCCACCGCCCCGAAGCCCCUCACCGUCGUCGCCUCCGCCAAGAAGGCCGUCGCCGUCCUCAACGGAAACUCCAAUGUCAAAGGCGUCGUCACCCUCAGUCAAGAAAACGAGGGUCCGACCACCGUGAAUGUCCGUAUAACAGGACUUGCUCCAGGACCUCACGGGUUCCAUCUACAUGAGUAUGGAGAUACAACCAAUGGAUGUGUAUCAACAGGAGCACAUUUUAAUCCUAAUAAAUUGACACAUGGUGCUCCUGAAGAUGACGUCCGUCAUGCGGGUGACCUGGGAAACAUAAUCGCUAAUGCCGAUGGGGUGGCAGAGGCAACAAUUGUGGAUAGCCUGAUACCGCUUACUGGACCUAAUGCAGUUAUUGGCAGGGCCCUUGUUGUUCACGAGCUUGAGGAUGACCUUGGAAAAGGUGGUCAUGAACUUAGCCUUACAACUGGAAAUGCAGGUGGACGACUGGCAUGUGGUAUCGUUGGUUUGACUCCAAUUUAAGGACAGAUCAUUCUUUACGUGUUGGGUCCUUCGCAUGUUUCACUUACACGUCAAUGUUACUCAAAGCCGUGGGUUCUCUCCAGAUUGUACUGCCAUGUUUACUGGUAAAAAUUGCAGACUGGUCCUUGUUUUUGUGUAAUCCCUAUCCAAUAAAUUAAUUAAAUUUGAAGUUGGUAACCCAUUCAAGUCAGCCUAUGCCAUCCGCUUAGGUGCGACUUGUUACUUGUACUAUGAUCAUUGUUUUCUAAACGUAAUUGACUUGGUAGUGAAGGUACGUACAUGUUAAUGUUGCCA